AUGUCUGACGGAAAGGAAGAGCUCGUUAACCGCGCCAAGCUCGCUGAGCAGGCUGAGCGUUACGACGACAUGGCCGCUUCAAUGAAGAAGGUCACCGAGCUUGGAGCUGAACUCUCCAACGAGGAGCGUAAUCUCCUCUCCGUCGCCUACAAGAACGUCGUCGGAGCUCGUCGUUCAUCGUGGAGAGUCAUCUCUUCCAUUGAGCAAAAGACCGAGGGAUCUGAGAAGAAGCAACAAAUGGCUAAGGAAUACCGCGAGAAGGUCGAGAAGGAGCUCCGCGACAUCUGCCAAGACGUUCUCAACUUGCUCGACAAGUUCCUCAUCCCAAAGGCUGGAGCUGCUGAGUCCAAGGUGUUCUACCUCAAGAUGAAGGGAGACUACUACCGUUAUCUCGCUGAGGUCGCUUCCGGAGACGACAGAAACUCGGUUGUCGAGAAGUCGCAGCAAAGCUAUCAAGAGGCGUUCGACAUCGCCAAGGAUAAGAUGCAACCAACUCAUCCAAUCCGCUUGGGACUUGCUCUCAACUUCUCUGUCUUCUUCUAUGAGAUCUUGAACGCUCCGGACAAGGCUUGCCAGCUCGCCAAGCAGGCCUUCGAUGACGCCAUCGCUGAGCUCGACACCCUCAACGAGGACUCUUACAAGGACUCGACCCUCAUCAUGCAGCUUCUCCGUGAUAACCUCACCCUCUGGACCUCGGACGCUGCCACCGAUGACACCGAUGCCAACGAGCCAGAAGGAGGCAACUAG